CGAAACGUUGUGGUCAUCUCUUCCAAAAAUACUUCACGCUCGAAAGCGGAGAAAGGAAGUAACUAGUGCUACGAGGAGGAGGUGAUAUGUUGAAAGACAUAAAGAAGUAAGCAAACUUUGCCUAAUAGACAGCACGCUUCAGAACCUAAAUUUAUCAUCAUCCCCCAACACACAAGGAAUAUUAGUUUCUGUCGGACAAUUGGAAGUGUGGAAACAACACUGGUGCGUAAUAAUAAAUCUCCAUCAUAAGUACGCUCUAUGAUUAAGGCUGGUCAGUAAAAACUAUUUGAAGACACGCUGGUCAGAAAAAUAAAAGGAAGUUGCGAAGGAAAUGGACCGCUUGGAUGUGGCUGGGAGAGUCUCGAGUGUAGCAGGGAUGGCACAUGAUCCGUUGGGACAGGGAAGUCUCAACAUAAGUGAUGUCAUUGAAGUCAUCCAGACAACAGACCCGGGGUUCGCAGACGUCAGUACUCCGUUCUCUGAAACCGACAUGGAGGAUACCAGGAAGAAGUCUGUGUACGUGAAGAUCAUCGAACAGCCAGCUUCAAAAGCUCUGCGAUUUCGAUAUAAGUGUGAGGGUCGGUCAGCUGGUAGCAUACCUGGUGUGAACAGCACUCCUGAGAACAAAACGUUUCCAACAAUUGAGAUUGUUGGCUAUAAAGGGGCUGCUGUUGUGGUUGUGUCAUGUGUAACGAAAGAUAGGCCAUUCCGUGCUCACCCUCACAGCUUGGUGGGGAAAGAGGGAUGCAAGAGAGGAAUCUGCACCGUGCCUAUAAAGGAAGAAACUAUGACAGCUUCCUUCUGCAAUCUUGGUAUUCAGUGUGUCAAGAAGAAAGACAUUGAGGAAGCUCUGAAAAUUCGUGAAGAAAUCAGGGUGGAUCCAUUUCGUACAGGCUUCUCUCAUCGUAAUCAGCCUACAAGUAUCGACCUGAAUGCUGUUCGACUUUGUUUUCAAGUUUUCCUUGAAGAUGGAGUACCCAAUAAGUUCACAUAUCCACUUACACCGGUUGUGUCUGAUCCCAUUUAUGACAAGAAGGCCAUGUCCGACCUUGUUAUCUGCAAAUUGAGUGACUGUACAUGUACGGUUGCUGGUGGCAAGGAAAUAAUCUUGCUUUGUGAGAAAGUUGCAAAAGAGGAUAUCCAGAUACAUUUCUAUGAAGAGCGAGAUGGGAACAUUGUUUGGGAGGGUUUUGGUGACUUUCAGCCAACACAUGUACAUAAGCAGGUUGCCAUUUCGUUCCGGACACCACGCUACAAGUUGUUAGAAGUGGAAGCUCCUGUCAAAGUGAAUAUCCAACUGCGUCGGCCAUCAGAUGGAGCUACAAGUGAACCUCUACCAUUUGAAUACCUUCCCCUCGAUUCAGGUAGGCCUGCAUUUUGGUCUCUUCGCAAGGCACUUGGAAAGAAGGGCAACUACUCCAUGUUUUCAAGUAUCUUGGCUUCCAACACAGCCCUGCUCACUAGUGGGCCUCCAAGAAAUGGUGCAGAUAUACCUCCAGCCCCUUGGAUACACGUGGUCAAGCCACAACAGGCAGGUUCAGAAUCAGCUAUAUUUCCUGAUGGAGGUGAAUUAACAAAGCCAGUUGAAUCUGAGAAUGUUAUUGCUGCAUCUAAUGUAGAUGGACCUCCAGCUCCUGGUGUGGUACAGGAAUUGGUAUGCAAGUCAACUGCAGUAGAGAAUGGAAGAUCCAAAAUUGAAAAUAAACUUAAUGAUGUAAUUAUAGGUGAUAUAACAGAUAAGAAUGAUAAAAAAUCAAGUGGCUCUAAUUAUGCAGCAAUAAAUAAAUGGAAUAAAACUGCUUCAGGAGAAAUGAAUGCUAACGCUGACAUUCAGUAUGAUGUUGAGAGAGGGGAUGACAAAAUAUCUUCCAGUGGUAAUGAGGAUGUUAUUUCCCAGGGAGAGACUUGUCGGUCAUUAAAUGAACUGCUCUCUCAAGUGGCUGAGUUGGACGAAAUAUAUUCAGACACUCAGGCACGUCUGUUACAACAAGGAGUUACUGAGACAGUUGCUCAAGAUAGUCUCUCCCCUAAUUUAGAUGAUAGCCAGUCUCCACAGGUUAUUGAGAUGGAUGUUGAAGAUUUGUAUGAUGAUGACAAUCAGACGUAUUCUAGCUUACAGCUUGCAAUGAAGAACCCAAUUGAACUUACGGAUUUAGCGCCUGGGCGUUAUGAAGACAUCAUACCUCAUGGUUUAUCUAAUCAGAAUAACAAACGUGAUAUCUCUUCAUCAACAUCUCUAGUUCCCGAGUCUCCUGACUCCAAACUUCCUCCCUUACCCCCAAAGAGGAUUCGCAAGAGUCCUCCCACUCCCCCAGCAAGACCUGAUCCUCCGGUUUUCCCACAGGAACCUCCUAUAACACAGGCUCCUGACAAGACCCUGCCUCCAACACCUUAUGGCACUGCUGCAAAGCAGUCAAAACCAAGCCUAUUCCAAAAGUUCUUCUCAAAGAAAUCAAAACCAUCAAGUAAGAAGGAGGGUACACUUACACCAAGAGCAGUUAGUAUAUCUAGGGAAGGAAGUGUGAGUAAUGUAUCGACAGCUCUGCCCUUAAGGCGGGGCAGUGAUCCUGUGGGGCAGCUCAGUUCACCACCCCAGGCCCAGCCAGAGUUAACAGAGGCUGAGCACUAUGCUUUGUAUACAGAUGUGGCUCCUCAUGCCACAGUCUCAGAGUUCGAUGAGAUGUCCUUUUAUUACAGUCCUGUAGAGGGUGGCAAUAUUAUUAUUCCAGGAGAGAAUAUAGUCAACAAGAAUCGUGAUAUUUUCACAUAGCCUUUAACCUGAUUGUUGGAAGCAAGUUCCAUAAUAUUUCCUGUUUUGUAAAUGUAUAAAGUGAUUGCUAGUCUGAUGAUGCCAGUGUUUGGGAUCUGCAUUGAGUCUUUGAAAACUUGCCUUAUUUUGAUUAGUGAAUAAUUUUUCUACAGAACAAGUUGUGGUAGAAUUUAGCUUGUUUUCAUUAAUUUUGUAUGAAAAUAGUGAGAAUUUUUAUGAUUAACUGUCUUUCAAGAAAGUAACCAUAGUUAUAUGUACAGUGUAAAUGAAUUUGUAGCAAUAGUAUAAAUUUUUAUGUGAAUUCAUUGGCAUUACAAGUUAUUGUGUCAUGUUUGUGGUUUUCUGAUAUUUUAUACUCGCUUAUGUGAACAAAUUUUUAUAAAUGUUGCCUUUCAAUGGGAUCACAAUUGAUAUUCUUCACAUUUUAUAUGCUGUUUCCCAGGUGGUGUUAAUGAACUUCUGUUAUUGUUUGGGUACCAUUCUCACUGAAUGCCUUAUUUUAAUGUUACACGUUCCAUUGUUUUUGUUUACAUUUUUUUAUUUCUUUAUGUUGUUUAUAGAUCCAAAUGUAUUAAAACGAAAGAGGCACAAAUAUGGUGGCGAGAUGAAUCCUCAUACUUUACAGCAAUUAGAGGAGUUGGAAAAGUUG